AUGGAGCAGGAGCUGCAAACGACCAGCUCCGAGCUUCCCGACUCUGAGCUGGUAAUGGGUUCGCUGCAGGUGCUGCACGACGCCGGCUGCCUCACAGAGAAGAGCUUCAGCGGGAAGCCUAUGGGGAAACUCAGCCGAUGCCGCAUGGAUGCAGGAUACCUGAAGAGGGCUAAGAUGUCACAGAGUUUGGCAAAGUCCGGUGGCCAGAGAGCCUACACACACUCUUACAAGGCCCUUGCACGACGAAGCCGACAGUUCCGUGAGUGGGCCAGCACAAACAUCGUGCAGGCACUCUGCAGCCAAAUGCGCUUUGAUGGGUCUUCUGGCUUCUUUCAACGGCUGAGGUUUGGUGGAAGCACUGUGCCGGCCUGCAGCACCGAAGCUGCAGGAUCCCGAGGCCGCACAUUCGUUGCACAGCUGCUGGGCACAAUCCAACAUGCUGUUGCACCACUCGUCGGGCACCUGGGCAGUUUGUGCAGCACGCAGCCACAGCUGUCCCACACAGCGCUCGCAGCCAUCCGGGAUCUCAUAAAGAUCCUGGACCGGGCAUCAAGCCCGGACGACGUGCUCGACUUUGCCUUGGCAGCUUACUUUGAUGAGGCCGUGCUUCGACAUUUCCGGUCGCUCAUGGGUAAGGCCUUGGAAAACGUUGCAUCGGGUGAGCGAGGCAGCACAAGCAUUCCGCCGCUACCAGUUUUGCUACAACACUGCGAGGAGGAUUUCGAGGCCUUCUCCGAUUGGUGUGGGAAGGUCGGCGAUGCAUACGUGUACUUUGUGUUCCUCGACAUCAAAGGCGACAGGGCACUGUUGACACAUGCCGCAAAGCGUUUGCAGCAGUUGCUGCGGGUUGAUGUUCGCAGUUUGAUCGCAAACCUCUCUGCGACGAGGCAUUGGGUCCAAUUGGUGUGGAAGGAGCUGGCCUGCCAGCGCAGGUCGCAAACAUUGCAACGGAUGCACAUGCAGGCAUUGCAGCAGUGGCUGUCACAUGCGAAGGAAGCUGCAGUGGCCAGCCUGUGCGAUAUCGGUGGCCGGGCAUUCUGGGACAUGUACUUUUGUGGCCUGACCAAGAUCAGCUGGCACGAUUUCGUGGACGGCCUGCAGGAGCAAUUUCUCAAAGACUUCUGUGCGCAGGACCGAUUGUGA